UUUGCCGAGUGCAGCCGACAACAUCCGGAAGUGUAAUGUUCAACACCUUAAAGCAAACGGCGGCGAGCUCUCUGACACACGAGCUCUGUAGUGGUUAGUUAGAAAUCUGAUCAUUCGUUGCACUUCUCCCAUCAGUCACUAUGUCUGUUUUGUGUUAUAAUAAGGGAUGUGGACAGCGAUUUGAUCCAGAAAAUAACCCAGCCGAUGGCUGCACCUAUCAUCCAGGAGUCCCAGUAUUCCACGAUGCCUUGAAGGGAUGGUCCUGCUGCAAGAGAAGAACUACUGACUUCUCAGACUUCCUCAGCAUUGUUGGCUGUACAAAAGGUCCCCACAACAAAGAGAAGCCCCCUGAGCCGGUGAAACCAGACGUGACAUCUUCAGGAGAAAAGAAGGAGUUAGAGGACCAAAAGCCAAAGUUUAAUGAGUACAUCAUCUCUGCACCGAAACCUCAGGAGGCGAUAUGCAGACCAAGUCCUGAUGAGCCAAUGGUGAGAUUGCAGCAUAAAGUCUCUGCAUCUCUGAAGCAAGCUCUGGAGAAACUUAAACUAACUGAAAAUGCUGAAGAGAAAAAAGAGGAAGAAAGUGACGAGAUCAAAAUUGGAACGUCCUGUAAAAACGGAGGCUGUACUAAAAGUUUUGAAGGACCUGCAAGUGAUUCGGAUGUGUGCUUAUACCAUGCUGGAUUUCCCAUCUUUCACGAAGGGAUGAAAUACUGGAGCUGCUGUAAAAGGAAAACCUCAGACUUUAAUACCUUCCUCUCUCAAGAGGGCUGUACAAAGGGAACACAUCUAUGGAGGAAAAAAGAUGCGGGUAAGAAGGUGGUCCCGUGUCGGUUUGACUGGCACCAGACUGGGACGCAGGUCAUCAUUUCUAUCUAUGCCAAGAAUGCCGUCCCAGAGCUAAGCUACGUGGAUGCCAACAGCACUACGCUCAACAUCCACAUUAUAUUUGAUGGAGAGAAGGAAUUUGAGCAGAAAAUCAGCCUUUGGGGAGUGAUAGACGUGAGUAAAAGUUUGGUGAACAUGAUGGCGGCCAAGAUCGAGGUAGCCAUGAAGAAGUCUGAGGCAAUGUCCUGGGCUCGUCUGGACCUUCCUCCUCCUGCUCCACCCAAGGAGAGCGAGAAGAAAAAAUCUGACAGUGAGGACGAGGAUGAAGAUGAAGAUGAAUGAUAGGAUUGAAAAUAAAGACAUGGUGCGUACGUUUAACUGAACCCAAGGUCACAUGCCUCACAGUUAAUUCGUUACCUCUUUAAAGAGCUGCCUCUUUGGCCGUAACUUUAGCCUUUCUUCCUCAACAUCAGUGUUUUUGUUUUUCAAAUUAAAGAACUUGAUUUUUCUCCCUCCCUCCCUUGUGGGUUUUUUUUGGGGGGGGGGAUCAACUUGUAGUAACAGAAUCUUUAGUUAUGUUUUUUUAAUACAUUUUUUUUUCCACACUGAUUUAAAAAAUUUAGUUUCAGCAGGCUUCCAGUCAAGUCCCAGCUAAAUUGCACUGAAGUCCCCUGGAAAAUUACAUCAUGCCUUAACAUAAGUUGUCAGUUUUAAUUACGCUCACUUUCACACCCAUGCAGACCCAUGUCACACUAAUGGACCGCGGCUGUGACCAGAUCUCAUAAUUUCAGGAAUGUUUGGUAAAGACGAUUCCAUCUGCACCCCCCCCCUUUUUUUUUCUCCCCCCUAUUCCAUCAUUUUUGGUUUUUCAUAAAUUUAAUACAUCAGACCAAAAAGCUGCCCGGAUUGUCUUGAUUUGUCCGCUUACAUCAACAUGUUAUCCAAACUUGUGUUUUAUGAAAUGUAUUCUGAAUCAAUUGUGAGACGAGAACUAUCACAGCUGAAUUAUCUUGAGAUAUACUUUGGAGAUGCACUCUAACUAUCCAUACUUUUCUCAGUAAAAAUUGUAAAUUUGCUCCAAAUUAUGUUUUUUACUUCACUACACUCAAUGUAAAUUUUGUACAAGUUUUGCUUUCAGAUACUGUAUUUAUCUUAUUUCUUGUCAAAACAAAGUAGUGUGGUUUUUAAUGAGGAUGUACUGUAAUGCCAAUUAAAUACAAAGUAUUUUAAGCAAAAUAUUGUAUCAUAAAAUGCUAUGCUAGAAAGCAUGUGUCUAGGCUUAGAUUGUAUGAAGCGUUAUUUGGCAAAAGGAGAAGCAAUGGAAAAGUAAAGUUCUAGGAAAGGGAACCAGUUUGUCUGACCAAAAAAUAAAUAAACUUCUGAGAUUAAAUUUUAAAACUGGA